GGACCGAUUCCACCGUUGUGUUAAACGGAGAUUACAAUGACAUUGUUAUUGUUAAUGUAAAAAUAUCAUUUUAAACUUCGUUUAACACAAUGGUGGAAUCGGACAGUGUCAUUUUAAUCUUCGUUUAGUAAUUUAAACUUCUUUCAACACAAAGGUGGAAUCGGCCAUAAAUAUACGAAACAUACUUUUUGGAAUACGAUUUCGGAACAUUCCAACCAUGCGUUUUGUUUGUGAGAUGUCAAAUGCCAUGUCAUAUAGGAUAGGUGUGAGGUUAUGUUUAAUUUUAAUAAUUUAAAAAUAUUUUUUAAAAUAUGGAGUUAUUUGUUGUGAAUAGACAUGAAGGUGACGAGCCCCAAGAAAUAACAGAAAAUGACGAAAGAGGAAAACUUGAUCAGGUAUUGAAAAAAAUCCAAAGAAACAAGAAAUUGCGACAAAAGCAGAAAGAAAAACUAUCUGAAAUAAAGAAAGCAAAGCAAAAGACGUUGGAAUCCAGGCAAAUAAAGAGAAAAAUUAAAGCUUCCAUUAUUCCAGUACCUGAAAAUAAUGAUAACGAAUUUAUUGAUAAGACUAUUGAGAACAUUGUUCAGGUAGAAAAUGAAGAAAGUCAGGAAGGAAAAGCUAAAAAACAGAAAUUAGAUCCAAAAACGCUGGAAGGUUUCACUGUUUUAGGAGGUCAAAAUUUUGCUAACAAAGUUAAGGUAAAAAGAAUUCUACCCUCGUGGUUAACAGCUCCAACAGUGAUAUCGGUAAACCUCCAAGACCUAAAAACGAAAGUUUCAGACAUAAAACAACUGGACAAAGGAUUACGUAAAAUGUUAAAGGCGAACAAUAUCAAAUAUCUCUUUCCGGUGCAAGCUGAAGUAAUUCCUUGGCUGCUCGAUUCAUCCAGGCAUUCUGACGUGAUCGUCCCUAGGGAUAUAUGUGUUUCGGCUCCAACUGGGAGCGGCAAAACUUUGGCUUACGUGCUGCCUGUCGUGCAGGCUUUGAAGAGGUAUACCGUGAAAAAAAUUAGAGCGCUGGUGAUUUUACCCACGCAAGACUUGGCGACGCAAGUGUAUAAGACUUUUAAGCUCUACAGUCAGAAUACUAAUAUUGAUGUUUGUCUGAUAACCGGGCAUAACUCUUUUGCUGUGGAACAGAACCAACUGAUCUUUGAUAACAAAGCCUUCGGUGUUGUAAGCAAAGUGGAUAUUUUGAUAUGCACUGCUGGUCGAUUGGUUGAUCAUUUAAAAUUGACGAAAGGAUUCAAUUUGAGGAAUUUGGAGUUUCUGGUGAUAGACGAGGCCGAUAGGGUACUAGAAAGUGUACAAAAUGAUUGGUUGUAUCAUUUGGAGAGGCAUAUUCAGCAAGACGAGUCAAACACUCAAACGGGCAAAAUAUUAAAUUUAUUUACCCUAGAAAAAUCCAGACCACCACAAAAACUACUAUUCUCAGCCACUCUGUCGCAGGAUCCCGAAAAACUUCAACAACUUUCUCUAUUUCAACCAAAACUCUUUACAUCGGUUGUUGAAAGUACUGAAGACCAAAUGGAAGAUGCAAAUUCUGGAACUUUCAUAGGAAAGUACACAACCCCAACAGAAUUAACAGAAAAAUACAUAAUUACCAGUUUAGAACUGAAACCACUGUUCCUUUACAAAUUCAUAAAGCUGCAAAAACUGACGAAAUCCAUAGUUUUUACUCAUUCAGUAGAAAGUGCCCACAGAUUGUCUAUACUGUUGAGAUCUUUAUUCAAAGAUGAGCUAAAAGUCGAAGAAACUUCAUCUAAUUUGCAAGGAAAGAAUAGAACGAAACUCAUCGACAAAUUUACAGCAGGAAAUAUCGAUUUGUUGGUUUGUACGGAUGCUUUAGCUAGAGGUAUAGAUCUUCCUAAUGUGCAGUGCGUAAUAUCUUAUUCCGCUCCGAAAUACCUCAAGACAUACAUUCACAGAGCUGGUAGGACUGCCAGGGCUGGUGAAACCGGAUUGGCGGUGACUCUGUUGAACAAAUCACAGAUGUCCAAGUUCAAAUCGAUGUUGAGUCAAGCUAAUAAGACCAACGUAGAGGAGCUUAUCAUUCCGGAAGAUGAUUUGGAGCCUUUGGGAGAAAAGUAUAAGGAUUCGUUGUUAGAGCUGAAAAAUAUCGUGGAGAAGGAAGAAAAGUUGGAUUUGGAAAAGUCAAUAUCCUCGAAAAGAAGUAAAAAAAUUAGGAGGAAAAGGAAAGAUUCUGUAAAUAGUGUCGGCAGCAAA